AUGAAAUUACGCAAGCCCAUUGAUCUUGAAAGUACCAUGCCCACAAGUCAUAAUGUUCUACCUCGAACUGAAAUACAAAAUCCUCCACCAGCUUAUGCAAGCAUAACGCCAGAAAUACCCUAUUUACAUGGAUUAACACAUGUAGCCUCAUACAAAGCAUAUAAAGCUGCAUUACAAUUUACACGUAAAAAUCUACCUCAAGAAGUAUUGCCACGACAAGAAGACAUUGAACAUAUUUUAUCAUCUGGCCCGAAGGUUUGGGAGAUGAUAAUUCCUGAGGAACGUGCCACAUCUAAUAAUGAUCGUCGUGAUAAAACUUCUGAGACUAAAUUAAUGAUUAGUGAUAAUCAAUCAGAGCAAAAUUAUCAUAAAAGUUCUUCGUUAAAUGAUAAAACUGCAGAUACUUGGUUCUAUUACUUUGAAGUGACUAUACUAUCAAAUCCUAACUUAAAGGAUACUACAAUUGCUGUUGGACUUGCAACAAAACCAUAUCCAAAUUUCAGAUUGCCUGGUUGGAAUGAUUAUUCGGUAGGUUAUCAUUCUGAUGAUGGAAACAAAUUUCACAAUAACGGAUUUGGAGGUCGAAGGUAUGCCGAAGUAUGGGGCAAAGUUGGAGAUACUACAGGUUGUGGCUAUUAUCCCGAUACUGGUGUUGUUUUCUUUACUAAAAAUGGCAAAUUUCUAGGUAAUGCAUUUACUGGGUUGAAACAUAUUUGGUUCCCAACCGUUGGAGCAGAUGGUGAAUGCAAAGUUGAAGUCAAUUUUGGUGACGGUGAACGUAAUUUCCAAUACAAAAAAGCUAGAGAGACGAGUGUUGCUGGUCCCAUUUCUAUGUAUUCUAACACACAAUUGAGAUCGAAUGAUGAACUAAGUGAAAAACAGUCAUUACAAGUUAUUAAUCAUAAAGAGAAUUAA